AUGGGUGCGGAGUUUUCGAAACACGUGGAUCGGCUAUUGAACGAAGCGGAGGUAUACCAGCUAGCAGUGCAGUCAACCUUUUCAGAGUACGCCAAAUUGCCUCCAGAAAGCGUGGUAGGAGGAGGAGGAGGAGGAGGAGGCGAGUCUGCCGUGACAGGCACGAGAGCAGCGACGAAAGAAGGAUUCGCCGCGAAACGACCAGCCACAGCGGAGGAUGAUGUAGGCUCAGUCUCGCCUUCCCCUGCUUCGCGUCCGUCGGUUGCUGCUGGAUCUCCUGGGGUGGAACAGCGUUACUUGUUGGAAGCAGCACAAGUCGUCAUCAAGAAAGUAUCCGCUAAGAUGGAUCCUUGGGCCAGCCGUCUGUGCCUCCGUCCCCCAACCAAGCGCGACUGCGAGUACGUCCUCUUCCUCUUCCCCUCGCUCGCCGCCUCCGCCUUCCUCACCCCAAUUCGAAACCUUUGUGCGCGCGGUCGUCAAGCGCGUGGCCGUGGACAAGGGCCGGAGACUGCUGCUGUUCGUGGCGGGAGGGGUGAUGAUGGUGCAUACCAUCAAAGGGACCAUCCGCAAGCUGCCUCUGGUUGGCGCGCCGGUGGCCAUGGUGGUUAG